UUUUUUCUUCUUCUUAACAUUCAAAUAUUGAAUCUUUUUUUUUUCUUUCUCCUUUUUUUUUUCUAGAAACGAAGUCAUGGCAGACUGGCAUGGAGAUUUCAAUGAAGAAGAAAUGUGGUCUUAUGAUGGGGAAGAGGAAGAUUCAAGCCCCACACCGAGGAAACCUAGGGGCUACUCCUCGAGUUCUUCCUCUGCAUGGCGGCUCCAAAGCGCACCAAGAAGGAUCCCAAGGGUUAGCAACGGCAGCAGCUCAUCAGCAAAGCAUGAAACCAAGAUUGCUAAGCAAUCAUCGGCUCCAUUGAACAUCCCUGAUUGGUCCAAGAUAUAUGGCAAGCAUGGAAAUAUGGAUUCAUCAUCAAGGAAAGGGACAUGGGUUGAUGAUAAUGGUGGUGAUGGCAUGUUUUAUGACGAAGAUAAUGAUGAUAUGGUCCCUCCACAUGAAUGGCUAGCUAAGAAGCUUGCGAGGAGUCAGAUUUCUUCAUUCUCGGUUUGUGAAGGUAUUGGAAGGACGCUUAAAGGCAGGGACCUCAGCAAAGUAAGGAAUGCAGUUUUGACAAAAACAGGUUUCCUGGAGUAGGAAUGAAUGAAUUUCCCAACAUUUCAUCAACAGUUCCACAGACCAAAUCAUCAUAUCUUCAUUCUGCAUUUAUCAUGUUUUGUGUAACCUUUUUGCUUUUAUCCACUUUUCCUCGUUUUAUGUUGUAGUCAUGUAAUGAAGUUUUGAAGUCGAGGUUCGAGAACAUAGUCUUCAUCGGAGCUGCCUUUUUUGCCUGAUUUUUAAAGAAUGGUAAAAAAAACAACGAAAGGUGGCAGCCUCCGAGUAUUUGUCUGGUAGUGGAAAAGGGUUUAUGUUCUGGAUACAGUUGGAGUGCACUUUUAGCAG